CCAUGACGUAAUAGGGUAAUUGAAUUAACCAACUUUAUUCAAAAAGGCCCAGAUUUUCAAGACUCUCACGCUCAAGCCAACUUUUCGCUCCCUAUACCUAUACCUUGUGCCGCUGGAAAAUUCGUUUCGAUCUCGCCGAUUAUGCCCGGCAAGUGCUGAUCAAAGUAAUCAGAUUUGAAUAUUCUCAUCCGUUAUUUAUAAAUACUCGCACAUGUAUUGAUAAAGGAACAGAUGAAUCGAGGAUGGGGGAUUAUAUGAGCGGCAGUGAAGAGGAUUAUUAUUACUCCUCCGACCAAGAAUCGAUCGACCGGUUCGAGAAUGAAGACUCUGAAACUCAAUGGGCCCCACCUAAAGCCCCUUCCUGCAAGGUAAUCACGAAAGAUUCUCUCUUGGAUGCACAGAGGGAAGAUUUGCUAAGAGUAAUGGACUUGAUGUCCGUUAGAGAACACCAUGCCAGAACUCUUCUCAUUCAUUACCGCUGGGAUGUUGAGAAGUUAAUUGCUGUUUAUGUGGAAAAGGGGAAAGCUUGCAUGUUUGCUGAAGCAGGUGUAACUCUAGUUGGAGCUGUUGACCAUGAUUUACCAGAAUCGUUGUCUACAGUUAUGUGUGAUAUAUGUAUUGAUGAUGUGCCUGUUAGCGAUGUGAGCAAAAUGGACUGUGGCCAUUGCUUUUGCAACGACUGUUGGACAAAACAUUUCAUUGUCAAAAUAAAUGAGGGCCAGAGCAAGCAGAUUAGGUGCAUGGCCCAUAAAUGCAUUGCUAUAUGUGAUGAAGCUGUUGUCAGAAAACUAGUUAGUAAAAGACACCCUGAUUUAGCAGAUAAAUUUGAUCGGUUUCUUUUUGAAUCAUAAAUUGAAGAUAACAAAAUGGUUAAAUGGUGCCCAAGUAUACCUCAUUGUGGGAACGCCUUACGGGUAGAAAAUGAUGAAUUUUGUCAGGUAGAAUGUUCCUGUGGUUCACAGUUUUGUUUCAGUUGCUUAUCAGAAGCCCAUUCCCCUUGUUCAUGCUUGAUGUGGAAACUGUGGACAAAGAAAUGUCGAGAUGAAUCAGAGACGGUUAAUUGGAUCACUGUACAUACAAAGCCUUGUCCGAGGUGUCACAAACCUGUGGAGAAGAAUGGUGGCUGUAAUUUGGUUAGUUGCAUCUGUGGGCAAGCAUUUUGGUAAGAGCACUUCUUUUUAUGAACCU